AAUGGAGGUAUAUGGAAAUUCUAUGGUUGCAGCUCCUUCAAAUGUUAUUUAUCUGUCAAGUAUUUUGGGCCAUGAUGGUCCGAGUUCUGUUCACAAAUGCGACUGGAAAUGCCAGAACGAACGUGUUUGCGGAAACAUGUUUCGCUGCAGGGUCACAGGGCUGACACACAUCUGUGAUAAAAACUGUAACCAGAGAAUUCUGUAUGAUAACCAUAGCUCCCUUUGUAUAGCAAGUCGUCAGAUUUUCCCCCUGACUCCAACCGAGGAACAAGCUGUGAGAGGCGUUCGAAGGAAGCUUGACGCGGCAGAGAGUUCGCCUGUUGAGAACAUUGGUUGUAAGCGUAGGCGGGAUGCACAGUUCCAUCCUUCUCCUUUUGAGAGAUCUUUCUCUGCUGUCAGCCCUAUCUGCAGCCAAGUUGGAGACGGCAUGGAUACAAACUAGAUAUCGAGAUUCAUAUAACUGAAGGAGAUAUUUAUCGUAUUUUUCCGUCCUUUUUUUUUUUUUUACUUUAUUACUGAUGAGUAUCCAUAACUGAACUUGAGAACAAUUAUGAAUCGCCGAUUGGUGGACAUGAUGUGUCCCCAUUCGCCGUAGGACGUCUUUAUGUUUCUACUUUCUAGUAAUAAUGUAAUGCAGUAUUUAAAGUAGCUUGACUGUUGAAUGGAGGUUUAAGCAGGCUGUGUGUAAACAGUUAUGAGACUUGAAUUGAAAUCUGUUUCUUGCUAA